CUACUUAUAAGCCACCUCAAUUAAUCCAUUAUCUAUCAUUGUAUGCAACCAAUUGGAAAUUAAAACCCCAUCAUCACCAUCCAGAAGCAUAUAUGGCGGCGAAAACGAGAGUGAAGAAAGAGUUGCGAGUGGUUAGCUUAUGGGCGGUAGUGAUAAUGGUGUGCAGUUUAAUUAGUUCAAUGACGACGCAAGUGGAGGCGUUGGGAAGGAGAGGAGUAGUAGGGGGAAGAACAGAGAUUGAGGGGGUUAAGAGCAACCAGGAGGUUCAAGAUUUGGGGAAAUAUUGCGUGGAUCAAUACAACGUCAACAUCAAUAACGUUAAUAAUGGCCAUGGGGAUUUGAUGCUGAGGUUUUCGGAGGUGUUGGAGGCGGAGAGGCAGGUGGUGAGUGGGAUAAAGUACUACCUCAAGAUCUCCGCCGUGGCGGUCUCCACGGGGCUUCCCCACACUUUUGAUGCACAAGUGGUGGUCAAGCCCUGGCUCCAUUCUAAACACCUACUUAGCUUUGCACCCUCUUCCUCUUCCUCUUCUUCUCCCCCUUCUUUUCAUGCUUCAUUAUAUUAUGGCCUCUCUCAGCUCGCUAGCUCUAAUUUUGUAAUGUAGAUCGAGCUACCCUACUAGCUGUAUCAUGUUAUGUGAUCUUGUGAUGCAAUAAUAAGCUAAUUAAUAAGCUACGAAA